GACCAAUGCUUUUCUCCUUCCUCCUUAGUUCUGCCCUCUCGGCUUUCUGGUGACCUUACUGCUGUGGCCACUUAUGUCCGACCCUCCUUGCCUAGCCUGCGUUUUACCACAACUCCCUACGGGGUCCAACUCCAUCCUGGCCGCCCUUUCCCUAAAGAACUUUACUCUACGGAUCCCCAUCAGGGCCAAGUGACAUUCUCCGCGGAGGGAAACGCUCCUGGAAUUUAACUGCUCCCGAAGCCUAUCGCAGCCAGGCCGGCGCCUGCGCAGGGCGUUACCAUAGAGAAGCAGCCGCCUCUCUGCACCAAGCGCUUAACCUCAUUGGGGUGGAGGAGAAGGCGGCGGCCGUCGGUUCCGCAGCAGCAAUAGGAGCGGCUAAUACGGCCAAUGGACUGCUGAAUUAUGAAGUGUUUCAGACCCAGGAGUAGAACAUCACUCUGCCACUCACUCCUUUAUCUCCUACUAGUUAUUUAAAUUGGACUUUUAAUAUCCUACCAGCUGCUCUUCAGACACACAUGGUGCAUUGUUGCCAUUCCCCGGAUUGCAUCUUUGAAGCACAGGCUCUUAGUAACCUUCGGCAAACACAGAGGCAACCUCCGGGGGCCACCGACUGGGAGGGUGUCACCCUGACCGCCCUCUAGCUUGGGCUGGCUUGAAUUGGAAUUCCACCAUGGAGCCUCGCAUGGAGGCCUGCCUGGCACAGGUGCUGCAGAAGGAUGUGGGAAAGCGGCUGCAGGUUGGCCAAGAACUUAUAGACUACUUCUCAGACAAACAGAAGUCUGCUGACCUUGAGCAUGAUCAGACCAUGUUAGACAAACUGGUGGACGGACUCGCUACCUCUUGGGUGAACUCUAGCAAUUACAAGGUGGCUCUUCUGGGCAUGGACAUCCUGUCCGCGCUGGUCACCCGGCUGCAGGAUCGCUUCAAGGCGCAGAUCGGCACAGUGCUGCCAAGUUUAAUAGACAGACUGGGAGAUGCUAAAGACUCCGUGAGGGAGCAAGACCAGACUCUGCUGCUAAAGAUCAUGGAUCAGGCUGCUAAUCCCCAGUACGUGUGGGACCGGAUGCUGGGAGGCUUCAAGCACAAGAAUUUCCGCACCCGGGAGGGCACAUGUCUCUGCCUUGUCGCCACACUCAAUGCCUCUGGAGCACAUACGUUAACACUAAGCAAGAUCGUGCCACAUAUAUGUAACCUACUUGGAGAUCCAAACAGCCAGGUUCGAGAUGCAGCAAUAAACAGCUUAGUGGAAAUUUACAGACAUGUAGGAGAACGCGUGAGGGCAGAUCUCAGUAAGAAAGGAUUGCCACAGUCCCGGUUGAAUGUAAUUUUUACAAAAUUUGAUGAAGUCCAAAAAUCUGGAAACAUGGUACAAUCUGCAAAUGAUAAAAAUUUUGAUGAUGAAGAUUCUGUGGAUGGUAAUAGACCUUCUUCUGCCAGUUCCACGUCAUCCAAGGCUCCACCAAGCUCUCGGAGAAACGUUGGAAUGGGGACCACCCGCAGGCUUGGUUCAUCCACAGUUGGAUCCAAAUCUUCAGCUGCAAAAGAGGGAGCUGGUGCUGUGGAUGAGGAGGAUUUCAUCAAAGCGUUUGAUGAUGUACCUGUAGUGCAGAUUUAUUCUAGCCGAGACCUGGAGGAAUCCAUAAACAAGAUUAGAGAAAUACUGUCUGAUGACAAGCAUGAUUGGGAGCAAAGAGUAAAUGCUCUAAAAAAGAUUAGAUCUCUACUUUUGGCUGGUGCUGCUGAGUAUGAUAACUUCUUCCAACAUUUGCGUCUUUUGGAUGGAGCCUUUAAGCUCUCUGCUAAGGACCUGCGGUCUCAGGUAGUGCGGGAGGCUUGUAUCACCUUGGGGCAUCUGUCAUCGGUUCUCGGGAAUAAGUUUGACCAUGGAGCUGAAGCCAUUAUGCCAACUAUCUUUAAUUUAAUUCCAAACAGUGCCAAAAUUAUGGCCACCUCUGGUGUCGUAGCUGUUAGGUUAAUCAUUCGGCACACACACAUCCCUAGGCUGAUACCUGUCAUAACAAGCAACUGUACCUCCAAGUCUGUCGCAGUUAGAAGGCGCUGUUUUGAAUUUUUAGAUUUACUCUUGCAAGAAUGGCAGACGCAUUCGCUGGAACGGCAUAUAUCAGUAUUAGCCGAGACAAUAAAGAAGGGGAUACACGAUGCCGACUCUGAGGCCAGGAUAGAAGCGAGGAAGUGUUACUGGGGUUUCCACAGUCACUUCAGCAGAGAAGCAGAGCACCUGUACCACACCUUGGAGUCCUCUUACCAGAAAGCACUGCAGUCCCACCUGAAGAACUCAGACAGCAUCGCGUCUCUGCCGCAGUCCGACCGCUCGUCUUCCAGCUCGCAGGAGAGUCUCAACCGUCCGCUCUCUGCCAAAAGAAGUCCCACGGGCAGUACCACCUCGAGAGCUUCCACAGUUAGCACCAAAUCCGUGUCAACGACUGGGUCCCUGCAGCGGUCUCGGAGUGACAUUGACGUGAACGCGGCCGCCAGUGCCAAAUCGAAAGUCACCUCGACUCCGGGCACCACGCCUUUCAGCUCCGCAGCGGCCUUGCCUCCAGGGUCCUACGCGUCCUUAGAGUCCAGACCCAUGAGGGAAGAUGCGGAGUCCGUAGGCCUUGACUCAGGUCGGAUCCGCACAAGACGGCAAAGCUCGGGGAGCGCCACCAACGUUGCCUCCACACCUUCCGACAGCCGGGGCCGCAGUCGAGCUAAAGUGGUGUCACAGUCUCAGCCUGGCAGCCGAUCAAGUUCCCCAGGGAAGUUGUUGGGCAGCGGUUACAGUGGCCUGGCUGGGAGUUCCUCAAGAGGCCCGCCUGUGACACCCUCUUCAGAAAAACGAAGCAAAAUUCCCAGGAGUCAGGGGUGUAGCCGGGAGACAAGUCCAAGCCGCAUAGGAUUAGCACGGAGCAGCCGUAUCCCUCGACCCAGCAUGAGUCAGGGGUGCAGCCGCGAUACCAGCCGUGAGAGCAGCCGGGAUACAAGCCCUGCGCGGGGCUUCCCUCCGCUCGCCUCUCGACGUCAUUCCAGGUCCACUAGUGCUCUGGCCACUGCUGACUCUGUUGGGCAGUCAGACCGAUUUGGGCUUGGCCAGGCAGGAAGAAUACCCGGUUCUGUGAAUGCCAUGCGGGUCUUGAGCACAAGCACAGAUCUGGAAGCCGCUGUUGCAGAUGCUCUGCUGUUAGGAGACUCCAGGAGCAAGAAGAAGCCUGUGCGGAGGCGCUAUGAGCCAUAUGGGAUGUACUCUGAUGACGAUGCCAACAGCGAUGCCUCGAGCGUGUGCUCUGAGCGCUCGUAUGGCUCUAGGAACGGCGGCAUCCCGCACUACCUGCGGCAGACAGAGGACGUGGCCGAGGUUCUCAACCACUGUGCCAGCUCCAACUGGUCAGAGAGGAAGGAAGGGCUCCUGGGCCUGCAGAACCUGCUCAAGAGCCAAAGAACGCUGAGUCGAGUGGAAUUGAAAAGGCUGUGUGAGAUUUUCACCCGGAUGUUUGCCGACCCUCACAGCAAGAUUGCUGAUUCAGAACCAGAAUGUGAGGAUAAAGGAGGAAAUUUGUUUCCAUCAGAAGGCUCUUGUACAAGAGUUUUCAGUAUGUUUUUGGAGACUCUUGUGGAUUUUAUAAUAAUUCAUAAGGACGACUUGCAAGAUUGGCUUUUUGUUCUUCUCACACAAUUACUUAAGAAAAUGGGAGCAGAUUUGCUCGGAUCUGUGCAAGCAAAAGUUCAGAAGGCCCUCGAUGUCACAAGGGACUCCUUUCCAUUUGAUCAACAAUUUAACAUUUUAAUGAGAUUUAUUGUGGAUCAAACGCAAACUCCUAACCUCAAGGUCAAGGUCGCAAUCCUGAAGUACAUUGAGUCUCUUGCAAGGCAGAUGGACCCUACGGAUUUUGUAAACUCCAGUGAGACAAGGCUUGCUGUUUCUCGAAUUAUAACCUGGACAACAGAACCAAAGAGUUCAGACGUGAGAAAGGCAGCACAAAUUGUGCUAAUCUCUCUGUUUGAAUUGAACACUCCUGAAUUUACCAUGUUACUUGGUGCCUUGCCAAAAACAUUCCAGGAUGGUGCCACCAAACUCCUGCACAACCACCUCAAGAAUUCCAGUAACACCAGUGUGGGCUCUCCGAGCAACACCAUUGGCCGGACUCCCUCCCGACACACCAGCAGCAGAACCAGCCCCCUGACCUCACCCACCAACUGUUCCCAUGGGGGCCUAUCUCCAAGCAUGCUGGACUAUGAUACAGAGAACCUGAACUCUGAAGAAAUCUAUAGUUCUUUGCGUGGAGUGACAGAAGCCAUUGAAAAGUUUAGUUUUCGAAGCCAAGAGGAUCUGAACGAGCCCAUUAAAAGAGAUGGCAGAAAGGACUGCGAGAUUGUGCCCCGAGACGGCGGUGUCGCCUCCCCUGCCACUGAGGGCCGGGGUGGCAGCGACGUGGUGGCAGGAGGUCGGACAGCUCUGGACAACAAGACUUCCCUGCUCAACACACAGCCCCCGAGAGCCUUCCCAGGGCCUCGGGCUCGGGACUAUAGCCCCUACCCCUACUGUGAUGCCAUCAGCGCCUACGACAAGACGGCACUGCAGGAGGCCGUGUUUGACGACGACAUGGAGCAGCUGCGAGAUGUGCCCAUUGACCACUCGGACCUGGUGGCAGACCUCCUGAAAGAGCUGUCCAACCACAAUGAGCGAGUGGAGGAGCGGAAAGGCGCCCUGCUGGAGCUGCUGAAGGUCACGCGGGAGGACAGCCUGGGCGUCUGGGAGGAGCACUUCAAGACCAUCCUGCUGCUGCUGCUGGAGACGCUCGGAGACAAAGACCAUUCCAUCCGAGCCCUGGCAUUGCGAGUCCUGAGGGAAAUUCUGAGAAACCAGCCAGCGAGAUUUAAAAACUAUGCGGAGCUGACCAUCAUGAAGACUCUGGAAGCUCACAAAGACUCACACAAGGAGGUGGUGAGGGCCGCGGAGGAGGCUGCGUCCACGCUGGCCAGUUCCAUCCACCCGGAGCAGUGCAUCAAAGUGCUGUGUCCCAUCAUCCAGACGGCCGACUACCCCAUCAACCUGGCCGCCAUCAAGAUGCAGACCAAAGUCGUGGAGAGGAUCGCCAAGGAGUCCUUGCUGCAGCUUCUCGCCGACAUCAUCCCGGGCCUGCUGCAGGGUUACGACAACACGGAGAGCAGUGUGCGCAAGGCCAGUGUGUUUUGCUUGGUGGCAAUUUAUUCCGUAAUCGGAGAAGAGUUGAAGCCUCACCUGGCACAGCUCACAGGGAGCAAGAUGAAGCUACUCAACUUAUAUAUAAAGAGGGCCCAGACCACGAACAGCAACAGCAGCUCCUCCUCCGACGUCUCCACACACAGCUAAUGGCAGCGCCAGUCUCUCUGUAGCCCUGGAAGCAAUCGGUGGUGCCUCUCAGAGACCUUGUCCCUUCCCCCUAUUGGCUGCCCAGUCAGUACCAGGAGGCCCGCAAAUAUUUAUUACAAUCAGUAUUUUGAUCCCUUCCAGCUUUUGUGUAGAAUCAUACUGGUAUUGAAUGUAAAGGAAGCAAGGCCUGUGUCACAUCUUCAUACAAAGCAAAACAAAAGAAAUACGAAAGAAGAGCCAUACUCCAAGCCGUCUCGUCCAGCCUGCUGAGCUCACAGAACCGUGCGUGGGGGGUGCCGUUGUUCACAGUCAGAGUUCCCUAGCCGAUGUGUGGUAGAAAGUAGCAUUUUCUCUUCAGUAAUAACAGAUUUGAGGAGGGUGUGUUAAUGUGUAUUUCUCUUUCUGAGACUGGCCCGUGUGGGACAAAGCUGACACCGUGAAAGGGUUUCGUAUGUUUUCAGCUGUAUUUUGUGAGUUACUAUGAAUAUGAAUCAAGUCUUGGCAAGAAAAUGGGAGGAGGCAAGCCUGAAGAUGGCCUUUUAUUGGACGGUGGCGUUUUGCUUAGAGUAAGUCCCUAGACUGGAGGCUGCCCGCCCACCCCGCUUGCCAGGCCCUCGGAAUACCCCCAAGCCCAGAGCUGCUGCAGGAGAGGCUGCUUCAAGGGUAGAUCCAAACGUAGCAAUCAAGGUGAAUUGAUGGCAUUGGUCAGUGUGUGCUUCAUGAAGCACUGAGGGUGCAGGCAGGUUGUUUGCCCUGCUGCUGAGAUCCAGGGGAACCUGCUUCUCCCGAACCCCUGGCUUGUGCUUCAGACUCAGUGCCAUCCGGUUUCCCUCCCCAGCCUUUGCUCCAUUCUCACAUGUUCUCAGUGAAUCUAUUCAGGUAAAUGGCAGCUCUGCCAUCGCAAUUUUGUGUUUAAUUUGGGAUUGGGAGCAAAGAAAAGUCUAGAGAGAGCAGAACCAUUUUUAAAAAUGCGAUGGACUGAAGUACUUCCUUGAUCAUCUGUUUGAAACAGUCUUUUGUUUAAGGGGGAAAAAAUUGUGUGUAGCAAAUGGCAGGAAAACAGAAUUUGAAACACAAUUUUAGAGUCUAUUUCCUUUUCUUCAGUGAGGAAUGUACCCUUUUCAAGUUUUUUCUUGAGGAUUUCAUGGCCUCAAGAAAAGCAGCUGUAGAUUUAGAGUCUGGUUGGUUAAGUUUCGAGUAAAAAUUGGAAAUUCCUAAUGCGGUCAUGAAGACGUCUCUCACUGUUCUAUUUUAGAUCCUCUAAAUUGAGCUGAUAGUCCGUCUUUCCAUGUGGAGGUUGAUCCAAUUCAUUUUCCUGUGCCUGUUCUUGUCAGUGAGGCAUUCAUGGCUCAGGUGCAGAGCCCGUGGCUGCCGCAUCCCGAGGCAAAGUCUGCGUGGUUCUCCCCAUGGAGCCACGCGGACCCUCCAGCCUUGCUGGUGGAACUUGGGGGAGACUCUGUAACAAAACAUGACUUGUUUUCGUUCAGAAUUUAUUUUAGGUAUUUUAUUUGGAAAUAGGCACUGACAAUGGAGGUCCAGGAACAGGGAGGCCAGGGUGCCUUCACUGCGUGUGUGUCUGUAUGUGUGUAGGGUGGGUCUUGUACCUGUCGCACUACCCCACUGCUGCUGUGAGGGAACUUCAAGGGUGUGUUUUAAGUGGUUGAACAUUAUCGAUUUCUUUUUGGCUCAGAACAGAGCGGGACCAGGCCUUACUUCCAUUGAUAACGACCGUUUGUCUGUUUAUCUGUCACUAAUGGGAUUUCCUUUUCACACUCUACAGAUGAGUCAGUGUCUUUUGAUGACUCCUCUGUUGCAGAAACUGGCUUCCUGCUGGGUUAUUUAUGAGUUCCUUCUUGCUGGGCGCCUUAGAAAGGCCCUUCUCCUUGGGUUCCUGGGUGCCCAAGUCCUCCCAGUGCUCACAAAGGGCUUGCCUUUCCCGGCACCUGUUCAACCUGGAUCUCCCGGCAAGGGCAGCCACCACCCGGGUCCCUGGGCCUCUGAGGACACCUGCACGCCGCCACCUCCUGGGGAGGGGCCGCUCCCUCCGGACAAUACCCUGCCUUGCCACCGACUCCCUGCAGGCCUCCUGUUUGGAUGAACAACAGAAUACAGCGCCCAGAAUCCUGCCUCCCCCUUUCACCUGACCGUUCAGACCCCGACAAGCCCACUGACACAGCUGGGGCCCCGCGGUCUGGCUCCUGCCCUCCCUGGCCACAGCCUCCCGGGACCAGGUGCUGCCCCGACUGCAAUGGGGUUGCCCUGGUUCCUCUCUAGACCUUUUUCUUUCCCUGCCGCUCGUUAUUUAUCAAGCCUAAGACGACACAUUAAAGAGCAGCAAAUAAGAACUUUGUAGAAUCCCACUGAGACUUUGCUCACAAUGAUAUUUGGAAACGAAAAAAAAAAAUGCUCUGAAAAAUAUCAGCCACCAAAAUAGUUUUGUCGGCACUGUGUCCACACGCAUGGUCCCCACACCCCCAGGUUGGGUUUUUGGUUUUUGUUUUUUUGGGGCUUUUCAUGUUACAUCCAUAUCUGUAUUUAUAUCUUAUUUGUUUCACUUUCAAGUGUAUCAUGGCAAAUGUACAGAUUUUUUUUUUUUUUUUGUUAAUAAUGUGCUAGGAUUUGCUAAAAAAGAAAACAAACAAAAAAAAACCCUUUUGAGUUUGCCCUAGAAUAAAUGAGACUUAAUUGAG